AGGUGGCGGCGUGUGUCAAUGUCAGCUGAUAGGAUCCCUACGGGGUCCCCUCAUCCAAGCUCUUGGAACGCGCAGGCCGUGGCCAGCUGUAGGAUUCUUGUGUGUCCCAGCUAAGGAGCACUAUGGAGGAGCUUCAUCAGGAGGCUGGGAAAGAGAGCAAGCCUUCCUCCAUGCCGGUGGAUCUGCAGGGAGAGAGCUCCUUACAGGUGGAGAUUUCUGAUGCAGUGAGUGAACGGGACAAGGUGAAGUUCACUGUUCAAACCAAGAGUGGCCUCCCUCACUUUGCCCAGCCUGAGUUCUCAGUGGUUCGGCAGCACGAGGAAUUCAUCUGGCUACAUGACACCUAUGUGGAAAACGAGGAGUACGCCGGCCUUAUCAUUCCCCCAGCCCCUCCCAGGCCAGACUUCGAGGCUUCAAGGGAAAAGCUGCAGAAGUUGGGUGAGGGCGACAGCUCCAUCACCCGGGAAGAGUUUGCCAAGAUGAAGCAGGAGCUAGAAGCGGAGUACUUGGCCAUCUUUAAGAAGACGGUUGCAAUGCAUGAAGUCUUCCUGCAGCGUCUGGCAGCCCAUCCCACCCUGCGGCAGGAUCACAACUUCUCUGUCUUCUUGGAAUACAGCCAGGAUCUGAGUGUUCGAGAGAAGAACAGAAAGGAGGUCCUGGGAGGGUUCCUGAGGAGCAUCGUCAGAUCUGCAGACGAAGUCCUCAUCACCGGCAUAUCGGGGCUCAAGGAGGUGGAUGACUUCUUUGAGCACGAGAGGACCUUCCUAGUAGAAUACCACACCCGAAUCCGAGACACCUGCCACAGGGCCGACCGUCUCAUGCUCUCCCACAAGUGCCUGGCAGACGACUAUAUACCUCUGUCUGCUGCACUGAGCAGUCUUGGAACCCGGGAAGUCAGCCAGCUGAAGAGGAGCUUCCUGAAGCUGGCAGAGCUCUUUGAACGACUGAGGAAGCUGGAAGGCCGGGUAGCCUCUGAUGAGGACCUGAAGCUGUCUGACAUGCUGAGAUACUACAUGCGAGACUCACAAGCAGCCAAGGACCUGCUGUACAGGCGGCUUCGGGCACUGGCCGACUAUGAGAACGCUAACAAAGCGCUGGACAAAGCUCGUACAAGGAACCGGGAAGUGCGACCAGCAGAGAGCCACCAACAGCUGUGUUGCCAGCGCUUUGAGCGCCUCUCUGACUCUGCCAAGCAGGAGCUCAUGGACUUCAAGUCCCGCCGCGUCUCCUCUUUCCGUAAGAAUCUCAUUGAGUUGGCAGAGCUGGAGCUCAAGCAUGCCAAGGCCAGCACCCUGCUUCUCCGAAACGCCCUUGUUGCCCUUAAGGGAGAGCCUUAGUGAAAUCAGAUGCUCCUCUGAAACCUUCAGCGGCGUCCUCACCUCCUACCCUCCCCACAGAGAUGCCCCCUCUACCAAAGCUGCCACUAGCCACACGCCCACAGCAGAACCCAUUUUUCCUUGCCCCAACCAAGGCCCAAAGGUGGUUGUUCCCCACUCCUACGUGGGCAGGGCAGCAUGGGGGAACACACCUGGCCACAGGUAAGCAGUUUCCAGGGACCCUAGCCCUCCCCACAGCAGGCUGAGUCAAAUUCUCCACCCCUUCCCACUUCUGGCUUUUGAAUUCCAAAUAAAGAGCCUGGUUUUAUAUA